AUGUCACGAAGAGAUGUGGGAAGGGUAGUGAUGGAUGUCGCAUUCUUCGCUGCAUCGCAGGUGGCACUCUACUACGCACUUCGAUAUGUCCUAUCAUCCCUUGAUGGCGGUUCACCUUCAUCUCGAUCAUCCAAGAAAGCCAAAGAGAAGGGCAAACUCCUACUUUCCGAGACGGGUUUGACAGACAAGCAGCUAUCUGAAUUAGAGUUGGACGAAUAUGAAUCGACAAUAGCAGGAGAGAUAGUCCCACCAUCAAAGAUUGAUGUGACAUUCGAUUCGAUAGGUGGUUUAGAUGAAAUUAUCAAUUCUCUCAAGGAAACUGUCAUUUACCCCUUAACGUUUCCUGAAUUAUUCGCAUCUGCUGGAGGAGGAUUGUUAUCUGCGCCUAAAGGGGUGUUGUUAUAUGGACAUCCAGGAUGUGGGAAGACGAUGCUUGCGAAAGCAUUGGCGAAGGAGAGCGGAGCGACUUUCAUCAAUUUACCGUUAUCGAGUUUAACUAAUAAAUGGUUUGGAGAAUCAAACAAGUUGGUGGCGGGUCUGUUCUCUUUGGCUAGGAAGGUACAGCCUAGUAUAAUAUUCAUCGAUGAGAUAGAUUCUUUGUUCCGGGAGAGAUCGGCGGGAGAUCAUGAAGUGACAGCAAUGAUGAAGGCGGAGUUCAUGACUCUUUGGGAUGGGUUGACAUCAGGAACGGAUACACGUAUAUUAGUGUUAGGAGCUACAAAUAGACCAAACGAUAUCGAUCCUGCCAUCUUACGACGAAUGCCUAAGAGAUUCCCCAUAAGGUUGCCGAAUUACGACCAGCGUAUAAAGAUCUUAACACUUAUGCUUGCUCAUACCACCCUCGAAUCCCCAUUCAUUCCUCAAUUAGCACUCAAGACCGAUGGAUUGUCAGGAUCAGAUCUGAGAGAGACAUGUAGGAACGCAGCUAUGGUACCUGUACGUGAGGUGAUGCGAGAUAAAGGUAAAGCGGGUAAGGAAGGAUUAGAAGAGGCUAGAAGAGAGGGUUUCAAAUUACGUCCAUUGAGAUUGGAUGACUUCAAUAUACAUGAUUCCCAUGCGUAUGCUCAUGUUGAGCCUAGUCGCAAACAGCCCCCUGGAGCAUAUGGAGAUGCAUUGGAUUAA